AUGAAUCCUAGGAGCAGCUUGUGUUCUUCUCUGUUCAUGUUCAUCACCUUGUUGGGGCUUCAUGUGUACUUCGCUUCGUCGCAGGUCGAAGACUACGUGAGAUGUCUACGGGGCAUCGAGGACACUGUCUCCGACCCUCAGGCUCGGCUCGCCACGUGGAGGUUCGACAACACAACCUCCGGUUUCAUCUGCGACUUCGAGGGCGUGUCAUGCUGGGGCCGAAGGGAGAACCGUGUCUUAGGUUUGGACCUCCGAGAUGCGAAGCUUUCGGGUAAUAAGAUCCCUGAGGCUUUGAAGUACUGUGGAAAGAGCAUUCAAAGGUUGGAUCUUGCUUCAGAUUCUUUUACUUCGAAGAUCCCACGUGAGAUAUGCACUUGGAUGCCGUUUUUGGUUUCAAUAGAUUUGUCAAGUAACAAACUUUCUGGGCAUAUUCCCCCUACGAUUGUGAACUGUUCUUAUUUGAAUGAGUUGGUGUUGUCAAAUAACCAGCUUUCUGGCUCAAUUCCCUCUGAGUUUGGGAGUUUAAACAGGCUUAAGAAGUUUUCUGUGGCUAAUAAUAGGCUUAGUGGGACAAUUCCUGAGAUUUUCAAUGGGUUUGACAGGGAGGGUUUUGAGGGGAAUAGUAAGAAGAAUGUUAUUAUUAUUGUUGCUGCUGGGGUGGCUGGUGUGGGAAGGAGUAAUAAAUUUGAUAAUUACAUGUUAGAAAGAUUCACACUCACUGAUAUUGCUGUUGCAGAAGAUUCCAAGAUGCUACUAUUUUUCACCUUUUUGCGUCAUUCAUCUACAGAAGAAGAUAAGUUGAAUAAUUUCACCAUUGUCUAG